AUGGCUCAAAGUUGUCAAAAGAGCAAUGCUGACAGAAGGGGUAGACCGUUGGAAUUCCAGGAAGGUGACUUCAUUUUGUUGAAGGUUUCCCCACGUAAAGGAGUUGUACUUUUUGGUGUAAAAGGGAAACUUACGCCAAGGUACGUUGGACAAUUCUCGAUUGUGCAACGAGUUGGUGUCGUGGCGUAUCGCCUUACCCUACCGCCUGAGCUAUCUCACAUGCAUGAUGUAUUCCAUGUCUCCAUGCUUCUUAAAUGUCAACCUGAGCCGGAAGCUGUGGUACAAUGGUAUGACAUUCUGCUACAGUAUGACGCGACAUACGAGGAGGCACCAGUUCAGAUUCUUGAUCAGAAGAUGAAGAGUUUGUGUCAUCCUGAUAUUCCAUUAGUAAAAGUUUUGUGGCAGUACCAUGGAGUUAAAGAAGCGACAUGGGAGCUUGAAACGACGUUGCAGGAGCAGUACCCGCAUCUGUUUUUGCUUUGA